ACAAGAACACGUCCUAAACUCCUAGCUUAUUCUUUAGAAAUAUUUGUUUGUUAUUUUGCCAACAUUCUUAUCUUUCUAUAGAAAUGGCUACAUCUUUCUCUUUAGCCUUUCUAGUUGUAGCUUACCUUGUUGUGGUUUCUAUUGAAAGCUCAAAUGCCCAACUAACUACAAAUUUCUAUUCUACCUCUUGUCCCAAUCUGUUUUCAACCGUGAAAUCUGUCAUGCAAUCCGCUAUUAAUAAAGAGGCUAGAAUGGGUGCUUCUAUUCUUCGAAUGUUCUUCCAUGACUGCUUUGUUAAUGGAUGUGAUGGAUCAGUUUUACUAGACGAUACGUCUACCUUUACUGGAGAAAAGAAUGCUAUUCCGAAUAAAGAUUCACUACGAGGAUUUGAAGUUAUUGAUCAGAUAAAAACUGCAGUAGAAAAAGCUUGUCCUGGUGUUGUUUCAUGUGCGGACAUCUUAGCCAUUGCUGCAAGAGAUUCUGUUGUCAUCCUAAAAGGACCCACAUGGAAUGUGAAGCUGGGUAGAAGGGAUGCUACGACGGCAAGCCAAUCAGCUGCAAACAACAACCUGGCACCACCAACUUCAAGUCUUAGUGAUCUCAUUACUAAUUACAAAAAUCAAGGCCUAUCCACCACUGAUAUGGUCGCAUUAUCUGGUGCUCACACAAUAGGACAAGCAAGGUGUAUUACUUUUAGAACUCGCGUAAACAAUGAGAGCAACAUCGACACAUCUUUUGCCACAACAAGGCAAUCAACUUGUCCAAGUGUUGUAAGCAACACAACCAACAAUAACUUGGCUCCUUUAGACGUCCAAACCCCAAAUACUUGGGACAAUAACUACUACAAGAAUCUGAUUAAUCAAAAAGGACUUUUACAUUCGGAUCAACAAUUAUUUAGUGGUGGUUCUACUAACGCUCUUGUCCAAACCUACAGCACCAAUCCUACUCAAUUCAACACUGAUUUUGUCAAUGCCAUGAUUAAUAUGGGAAAUAUUAAACCACUUACAGGAACCAAUGGCCAAAUUAGAAAGAAUUGUAGGACCAUUAAUUAGUUUAAGAGUUUGGUGAUCAAGGGUUGAGUUAAAUUUAUGCUACAAAUACUUCACAAUUGGAGAAUUACGUUUCAUUUUUGUAUCUUGGCUCAAAGGAGCCCUAGUAUGUGAACUUUAAAAUAGUUUAAGGUCAGAUUUAUAUCACCUUACUCUUAUAAAUGAUAAUAUUAAUAAAUAGAUAGUUUUUAAUUAAGCUUUAGUAAGAGCCCUAAAAUGUAAUCUUUUAAUAGUACAAAGGUUUGAAGUAUUCCUUUUGUUAUGUUAAUUAUAGAUAUAUUUCUGUUAAAUGAAAUUUUACUUGAUUAUCGAGGACGACCUACACACAAGGACAUUCAGAUUCGACAACAAUAACUAAGACUCUCUUCAUUCGCCACUUUUAGUUCGCUAAUCUGAAUUUGCCUUAGUGCAGGUUUUAGACAUGAUAUCACCACUGGGGGAUCUUUAAGGGUGUACGAGAUGAUCGACCGCACAUGGCUCCCUUUUUCUCCCGUAUAUGAAAAAGUUAAUCAAAAAAAAGAAAUAUGUUAAGUUUAUUAAUAAAAUGAAUAUAUUUACUAUAAAUAAGAUGUAACAUAAAAGUUUUCCACA